CUAAGGGGUCAAAGGUCACUGAAGUGCCGAGUCAAUGACCUCCGAUUCAGCCAAUCGGAGCAGAGCACGCUCUCUCUGUCUCUGUCUGCUCGUCGUUGUGCUCCUCUUCUUCUCUGGUCUCUGCAGCAGGACGAUGCACUGCAAAGGAAACUCCUGCAGCUGCUCCUUCGAGGACUACAAGCUGACCACCCAGUGGCUGCUGAACCACACAAGUCACCGGCCCAAGGUGGCAGUGAUCUGCGGUUCAGGACUCGGCCUGCUGGCAGACGGGGCCGCCAACAAGCAGACCUUUAGGUACCAGGACAUCCCCAACUUCCCUGUCAGCACAGUGGCAGGUCAUGAAGGAUGCCUGGUGUUUGGAACCAUCGAGGACACAUCUUGUGUUUUCAUGCAGGGUCACUUUCACCUGUACGAGGGUUACUCCCUCUGCCAGGUGACGCUUCCUGUCAGGAUCUUUAAGCUGAUGGGGGUGGAGUCUCUGCUGGUGACAAACGCCUCAGGUGGAAUCUGUCCAGACUUCAAAGUCGGUGACAUCAUGAUCAUCAAAGACCACAUCAACCUGCCAGGGUUCGCUGGACAACACCCACUGUGUGGACCCAACGACGAGCGCUUCGGGAUCAGGUUUCCCUGUAUGUCUGAUGCGUACAGUAAGGAUCUUCGGCGGUUGGUGUUGGAGGCGGGGUUAGAGCUGGGCUGCAAUGACUUCAUCAGAGAAGGCGUUUACUGUAUGGUGAGCGGGCCAAACUUCGAGACCAUCGCUGAGGCCAGAAUGCUGCGGAUCCUUGGAUGUGACUCUGUGGGUAUGAGCACAGUUCCUGAAGUGACCGUGGCAAAACACUGCGGCCUCAGAGUCCUCGGCCUGUCCCUCAUCACUAACAAGGUGUCUUUGGACUACAGUCGGGAGGAGAAGGUGAACCAUGAGGAGGUUCUUCAGAUCAGCAAGAUGAGAGCUGAAGUUCUGCAGAAACUUGUUGCAACAAUGAUUAGCCGCUGUCAGCAGCAGAGCAUCAACACACACUGACAAUGAUAGGUCUAUUUUCAAUACGAACCUUUAAAUUAGCUACAUUUUAAGGACACAUCUGAUUGGACUUACAAAAUAAAGUGGCUGGAAAAUCUGAAA